ACCUCAGUUUUUGUGCAUUUCUGCCAGAAGAAACUUGGUAAUGGUCGACGUCUAUUUGAUCUUCCUAAAAUACAUCUGUCGGUGUUGAUGGUACUGUUCUUCAUUGGAGCUGUGCUUUCUGUUUAUGUCGAAUUCCCACACUUUCUACAGAACACUGACCCCGAAAUUCAGGCGCUCAAAGCUGAAGGAAGGAGAAUAUGUGAGGUAGAAAUGAAGAUGGGCAAUUUGAUCGAAGCUGACCAAGCACUCAGGGCAGCCGGAAUCACUUCGAAGCAGUUGGCAGCCGAAUUCUCCAAGAAGGCCAGACAGGACAUCGAUCGAAUGCUAAGACCCAUCGUAAACAGGGUGUUCAUCAAUGGUCUUGGGGUUGCAUGUGCACCGCUUCCUUUCUUCGCCAUCUUGUCAGCAUUGUACGCGAAGUCGUUCGGGAUUUCCACUCCGCUAGCAAUUGAUCGUGGCAUUGCACAGGCCGGGUUCAUUGAUUUGGUUCGCACGGGAUCUGUAUACGGUAUCAUCUGGACGGCCCUGUCCUUCUUCGUGUACUUUGUCUUCAUAGAAUCCCAUCAGUAUGACCAAUGCAUGGAAAUUUCAGGUCACUGGUUUAUGUACACAGUCACCACCGCAUGUAUGUUCUUCCUGGGCACGUUGGCCUGGUGCUACGACUCUCGGCUGAUGGGCUUCAUCUACCUCGGCUUUUGCGGUGUCUACCAGGCGAUGGUGCUAAGAGUGCUCAAGUCUACCCAGCACUUCUUCCAUGACAAAGAGGAAGCAUUACAGGGCAUCAAGUACGGCAUCUUGUGCACAGCCGUGUGCCUGUUCUUCAGCUUCGGCGUCAUGUCUACGCUCGAGGAUCCAAAACAUGUGAACCCCCUACACAAUACAGCGGAAGAACCUAUCAGCCUAGACGACCUUCCUCCGCCACCCCCUCUUUCCGACGACGAGGAUGAUAUGGACGUGCUUCCCCCCGCGCCGUCCAUCCCCGAUGAAUUGCCUCCUCCCGUGGCCGCCCCCACAGUCACUACGAGGUCAAGAAAAUCAGAAGAACUCGCGCGCCCGGCUGUGCCUAAACCUGCACAAGCGUUAGGUAAGCAAGUGCCUACGAACACCCAACCCGUGACGAAGGCGGCAGGCGGAUCAAGUUUCUUAGACGACAUCAAGCGGGGUAAACAGCUGAAGCCCACCAGCCCCCUCCCGUCGGAGGCACCAAAAUCGCCUAUACCCCCGAAUAGCAUCUACGACACAAUUAACAAGAUGGAAUCAUCGGAUGAUGGCUGGUCUGAUUAGCAAAAUCAUCCCUUACGCCAGUAAGCAAGCAGCCAAAUAAAAUUAAAAAUUCAUGCAGUGUUUGCUCGCGGUUCUGUCCAUGUGUAAACUUCAUUCUAAUACUAAAGAUGUAUUAUAAGAAUAAUUGUCAAAGGAUGACAGUGAAGGUGCAUUCAUGUGAUGAAGCAGGGUGAGCGUUUGGUCGCCGUAUUCGCCAGUACGCAAUCGGCGAAUAAAACCUCUUUUCUCACGGUACUGACACGUAUAUAAAACAUUUUCUUUUAAUUCU